AUGGCGGGACCUCAGACAGCAGGGUCAACUUCCACCCCAGUCGCUUCAUCACAUGCCCAUGCCGAAGAGGACCCCGAGCACAUUCAACAGUUCGGUCCCGUGCGAGGAGGGAUCGUGUUCCUCGAGAGUGGAACACCUGCAAUCAGUCGACGCUCGACGAGGAGCGGCAACAGCCUCAAGGAUGGCAAGAGUAACAACUGCGAUUUGAGCGAUGAUCAUGAUGUACGUCAUGCCGACCGUGUCUUGUCUUGCCCCGCCGCGGCUGGACCGCCCGUAAGAAGGUAG